AUGGAGGGAUUGAAGCGCCUACUGCUGUUCACCAAUAGUGACUUCGGUCAAGCCAACGUAGUUCUCGCUACCGCCCACGAACUCGGUAUUGCCUGUGAAGAUGUCGAAAUCCAUAUUGCUUCAUUCCAGGACCUAAGAAGCGGAGUGGAUGAUGCCUCAAGAUUCAUGCAGACAACUGCAGCUCAACAGAAGAAGAAAACCCCUCGACCCUUCGUGUUUCACAAGAUCGAAGGAACGAGCUGGGGACCGGCUACCAAGCGUCCGGAAACGGCAAUUUUCGAAACGCUCGAGCUGACCCCGGGAGUUGUGAACUCGGCAAAAGGCGUGGCUAUUUUACCGGCUGUCAUGAUACCCUGGAGCCCGAGAGAGUUUCUCGAUAUGUACAAGGAAACAGAACGUGUAUUCGAUGAAGUCAAUCCAGAUCUCACUAUCGUUGAACCGCUGUUUACCCAAGGCUUGACCUUUUGUCAUUACCGAGGUGCCAGGUGGAUGGUCCUUUCGCCGAAUACGAUUAAAGAGUUUGCAGUUCCGGUGCAGCCAAAACUAGCUGCUCUGUGGAAUGCUUGCUCGGCCUUGCCUUAUCCUAUACCAUGGAGCCUCAUUCCAUGGAAUAUUUACUUUGGCUUUGUGGCUGGCUACACUCUACUCACAGAUACCCGACUGAAAAAGACGACUGAGAUUCUUAGAGAUGAGAUAGACCCUUCCAUCUCGCUCAUGACAAUGAUGGAACUAGGCGUUUUGAGGCCAGCGCCGCCAAAUCUUCCUAUCCUCGUGGCCAAUAGUCCUGAUAUAGACUACCCGUUCAGUAUCAUACCCCCACAGCUGACAUUGUGCGGUCCCAUCAUACGAGCUGCUCCGCCUAUCAGGGAAGUUGACGCAGGUUUAGCCGAAUGGCUCAGCCAAGGUUCAACUAUAUACGUCAAUCUGGGCACGCAUCACAAAUCGAAUCCCACUGAAGCUCAUCAAAUGUCCAAAGCCUUCAGAAAGGUCCUCGAACACGCUGAUACACUGCAUUCUGCGGGGAAGCCUCUUCAAAUUUUGUGGAAGCUAGGACGCGUACCUGACGAAGAAGGCAACGCCCCAAAGCGAGACACUUAUACCGGCGAAUGGGCUCUGGUGACUGAUGAACUACAGGCUUACAUCAAAUCAGACAGGGUGCGUCUCACGGACUGGCUUGUUGCUGAACCAAAAUCUGUCCUGGGAUCGCAAAACAUCGUUUGUUCUGUGAGUCACGGGGGAGCUAAUUCCUUCUACGAGGCGCUAUGUUCUGGCAUCCCUCAGGCGCUUCUACCUGCUUGGACGGACUGUUACGAUUUCGCGAACCGUGUUGAGCUACUCGGCAUUGGGCUUUGGGCGAAUAAGGAGGCGAAGCCCCGAUGGCAAGAGGACGAGUUCGCCGAGGCGUUGUUGGAGAUUUUAUUCGGACCGGAGUCCGCGGGGAUGCGAAAGAGGGCAGAGGAGGGUGCGAGUCGUCAUCCGGAAUGGGAGGGUCGGCAGAUGGCUGCUCAAGAGAUUCUCAACUACUUGAUGAGGUUGGGAUAA